GCUUCUCUCCUCCAGACCUCCCCACCCCACCCCAGUUCAGAUCGAUCUCUCUCUAUAUAAACACAGACACAGAAGCCCAGAAGGAGAGAGAGAAUGGAGUCGUCAUCGGGAAAGUCUAACAAGAUAAGAGACAUUGUUAGGCUUCAACAGAUCUUGAAGAAGUGGAAGAAAGUUGCCCACACCAGCGCCAAGGCCAAGGCCACUGACUCCUCAUCUGCUGCUGCGACUAAUAGUAGUAAUAGCUCAUCAUCGUCGUCGUCAUCGAGUGGGAACAGGGGCAUAAAGUUUCUAAAGAAAACACUGUCCUUUUCGGACUUAGGUGCAGGUGGUCAUGUUCCAAAAGGGUACAUUGCGGUUUGUGUCGGGAAAGAAGAGAAGAGGUUUGUGAUCCCGACUGAGUAUUUGAGUCAGCAGCCCUUUGGCCUUCUGCUCACACAAGCCGAGGAGGAGUUUGGCUUCCAGCAACAAGGGGUCCUCAAGCUGCCAUGUCCAGUCGAUUUGUUCCAGAGUAUACUCAACACCAUGGAACACCUGGUGGAGCAAGACAAGAAUAAUAAUAAUAAUAAUAAUAAUCCUAUUAUGAAGCUGAAGAAUAACAUUGACAUAGCUGCUCAUCAAUGCCAUCAUCAUCAACCGGGCACUAAUGACGACGACGACGACGACGUAGCUCAUCAUCGCCAUCUACUACUACUGCAACACCACUUCUCUAAGACCCAGUUGUGCAAAUGACCACGAUUCACCAAUACUAAUUACUGCAUACAUUUACUAUUUUUUAUUACUAUUAUUAUUUUUUCGAUUAAUUCUAUCUUCUCCAAAAGGCAUUAUAAUUUAUUUAUUAGUCUGUAUUCUGUUUCCGGCCGGAUAUAUAUAUCAAUAUAUAUAUAUUAUAUAAAGGCAUGUGAUGUAGCAUCCUUGUGUUGUUGUGUUAUAUUGGAGACAUACAACUUUCUUGAUCAUUCACUCGCAUGCAGUCCUCAACAAAUUUGCGUGCCCCAGAAGUCAACAUAAAUACGCUUUUUUUUUUAAAAAAAAAAUUGUUAUUAAUUAGAUCUAUCCUCUUUACUUUACUUGUGAAACUACUUAUUAAUUAAUCAAUUAUCAAUAAUGAUAGUAGUAUGUUGAAAUGCAAGCAAAGAGACAGCGGCUGAUCCUUCUAUCCACUGGCGCCACCACAGCCUGCCCCACCACCUGUCCCAUCUCCCAGGUCUCCUCCGCCGCUACCACCACCACUUUCUUCUCCGCAUCUCUGCCACCUACAAAACCCCCACCGCCAAAGCCAUCACCAGCACCACCGCUGCAGCCACCAUCAGGCUCCACUACCACCAUCACUUCCUCCACCACCACCAUGGCAGCUUUUUAACAAGAGAAAUGUGAACAUCUGCUCUGCUCAGUGCCCGCCAUUUUCCAACCUUCGCUGCCGCCAGAUGAUGCUUGCCGUUACCCUUCAACGUUGCCGCGUGCCCAUGGUCCUCUUUCAGUGAGCGAUUGCGAGGAGAUGGACCCAAAGUCGCCGUCGGUUAGUCGAGAAGGUUUUUUGGUCUGUGUAGAUGGGAAGAUUAAAAGCGAUGCAAGGAGACGAGGAAGAUGACAAGCGAAGUGGGAUUGUAAAAAUGAGUCACAGAGGUGUGUUUGUCUGGGGGUUUGGAUGAAUAGUAAAAAUUUUGAAUUUGAAUAGUUGUAUGAUGUGAUAUAAAUAGGUGUUGAUGUGAUGUUUUGAAUGUAAAAUUGAUUUUUAGUAUAAUAUAAAAAAUAAAAAAUAGGUGUUUGAUUUUGUUGAGAUA